GUAAUAUACAAUCCACUUUAAAUGAAUGUAUGUAUAUACUCACAGCUUGUACAUAGAAAGCAUGUCGUAUUUGUCAACACAGAUCUAGUUCCAGCCAAUGAAGCCCGAGAGUUUGGGGGAAGUUAUCUACACAAUGAAAAAGAAGGAAAGCUGAUCUAUCAGGUAACAGAAUCCUUGUUAAGAUGUGGCGUCAAAGAGGAGCAAUUGGCUAUUGUCUCUGUGUACAGAUCGCAAUUGAGAACAAUAUCACGUUAUUUUGAAGGAGAAACUGAUAUUGAAAUUGCAACAAUUGAUAAAUAUCAAGGACGAGAUAAAGAUUGUGUGAUUAUUUCACUUGUUCGAAGCAAUACUCAAGGAAAUGUAAGAAAACAUCAUGGCUGUGUAAAUAGACUUUAUUGAUACUUAUAUAAUCUAG